AAUAAAUAACCGUUUUAAAAAUUUAACUGAUUCAUUUCUAACUCCACCUCUAUGUUUUUUCCCUAAAAUUACAGGAUGAUGUCCCCUUAAGGCGAGGAAGAAAGACCACCAAGAAGCGAGAAGAAGAGGUGGACAUUGACUUGGAUGACCCUGAGAUCAACCACUUCCCUUUCCCUUUCCAUGAGCUGAUGGUGUGGGCCGUCCUGAUGAAGAGGCAGAAGAUGGCCCUGUUCUUCUGGCAGCAUGGUGAGGAGGCCAUGGCCAAGGCCCUGGUGGCCUGUAAGCUCUGCAAAGCCAUGGCUCACGAGGCUUCGGAGAAUGACAUGGUGGACGACAUCUCCCAGGAGCUGAACCACAACUCCAGGGACUUCGGCCAGCUGGCUGUGGAGCUCCUAGACCAGUCCUACAAGCAGGAUGAGCAGCUGGCCAUGAAGCUGCUGACGUAUGAACUGAAGAACUGGAGCAACGCCACCUGCCUGCAGCUAGCUGUGGCCGCCAAGCACCGCGACUUCAUUGCGCACACGUGCAGCCAGAUGCUGCUCACAGAUAUGUGGAUGGGCCGGCUCCGGAUGCGCAAGAACUCAGGCCUCAAGGUAAUUCUGGGAAUUCUACUUCCUCCUUCAAUUCUCAGCUUGGAGUUCAAGAACAAAGACGACAUGCCCUAUAUGUCUCAGGCCCAGGAAAUCCACCUUCAAGAGAAGGAGCCGGAAGAGCCGGAGAAGCCCACGAAGGAAAAAGAUGAAGAGGACAUGGAACUGACAGCAAUGUUGGGACGAAACAAUGGGGAGUCUUCCAGAAAGAAGGAUGAAGAGGAAGUUCAGAGCAGACACCGGCUAAUCCCCCUGGGCAGAAAAAUCUAUGAAUUCUACAAUGCACCCAUCGUGAAGUUCUGGUUCUACACGCUGGCGUACAUCGGAUACUUGAUGCUCUUCAACUAUAUCGUGUUAGUGAAGAUGGAGCGCUGGCCUUCCACGCAGGAAUGGAUCGUCAUUUCCUAUAUAUUCACCCUGGGAAUAGAAAAGAUGAGAGAGAUUCUGAUGUCAGAACCAGGGAAGUUGCUACAGAAAGUGAAGGUGUGGCUGCAGGAAUACUGGAAUGUCACAGACCUAAUAGCCAUCCUUUUGUUCUCUGUCGGAAUGAUCCUUCGUCUCCAAGACCAGCCCUUCAGGAGUGACGGGAGGGUCAUCUAUUGUGUGAACAUCAUUUAUUGGUACAUCCGUCUACUAGACAUCUUCGGCGUGAACAAGUAUUUGGGCCCAUAUGUAAUGAUGAUUGGAAAAAUGAUGAUAGACAUGAUGUACUUUGUCAUCAUUAUGCUGGUGGUACUGAUGAGCUUUGGGGUCGCCAGGCAAGCCAUUCUCUUUCCCAAUGAAGAGCCAUCAUGGAAAUUGGCCAAGAACAUCUUCUACAUGCCCUAUUGGAUGAUUUAUGGGGAAGUGUUUGCAGACCAGAUAGACCCUCCCUGUGGACAGAAUGAGACCCGGGAGGAUGGCAAAAUAAUCCAGUUGCCUCCCUGCAAGACGGGAGCCUGGAUUGUGCCGGCCAUCAUGGCCUGCUACCUUUUAGUGGCGAACAUCCUGCUGGUCAACCUGCUCAUCGCGGUCUUUAACAAUACAUUCUUUGAGGUAAAAUCAAUAUCCAACCAAGUGUGGAAGUUUCAGAGGUAUCAGCUCAUCAUGACUUUCCAUGAAAGGCCAGUUCUGCCCCCGCCUCUGAUCAUCUUUAGCCACAUGACCAUGAUAUUCCAGCAUCUGUGUUGCCGAUGGAGAAAACACGAGAGCGACCCAGAUGAGAGGGACUACGGCCUGAAACUGUUCAUAACUGAUGAUGAGCUCAAGAAAGUACACGAUUUCGAAGAACAGUGCAUAGAGGAAUAUUUCAGAGAAAAGGAUGAUCGAUUCAACUCGUCCAACGAUGAGAGGAUACGGGUGACUUCAGAAAGGGUGGAGAACAUGUCCAUGCGGCUGGAGGAAGUCAACGAGAGAGAGCACUGCAUGAAGGCCUCGCUCCAGACCGUGGACAUCCGGCUGGCACAGCUCGAGGACCUCAUCGGGCGCAUGGCCACAGCCCUAGAGCGCCUGACAGGUCUGGAGCGGGCUGAGUCCAACAAAAUCCGCUCCCGGACCUCGUCCGACUGCACAGACGCCGCCUACAUCGUGCGCCAGAGCAGCUUCAACAGCCAGGAGGGGAACACCUUCAAGCUCCAAGAGAGUAUAGACCCUGCAGGUGAGGAGACCAUGUCCCCAACUUCUCCUACCCUAAUGCCCCGUAUGAGAAGCCAUUCUUUCUAUUCAGUCAAUUUGAAAGACAAAGGUGGUAUAGAAAAGUUGGAGAGUCUUUUUAAAGAAAGGUCCCUGAGCCUACACCGGGCUUCUAGCUCCCACUCGGUAGCAAAAGAGUCCAAAGCUCCUGCAGCCCCUGCCAACACCUUGGCCAUCGUUCCUGACUCCAGAAGACCAUCUUCGUGUAUAGACAUCUAUGUCUCUGCCAUGGAUGAACUGCACUGUGAUAUAGACCCUCUGGACAAUUCCAUGAACGUCCUUGGGCUGGGUGAGCCCGGCUUUUCGGCUCCAGCACCUUCCACAGCUCCUUCAAGUAGUGCCUAUGCAACUCUUGCUCCCACAGACAGACCUCCAAGCCGGAGCAUUGACUUUGAGGACAUCACCUCCAUGGACACUAGAUCUUUUUCUUCAGACUACACCCACCUCCCAGAAUGCCAGAACCCCUGGGACACUGAGCCUCCGGUGUACCAGAGCAUCGAGCGUUCCAAAAGCAGCCGCUACCUAGCCACUACACCCUUUCUUCUAGAAGAGGCCCCCAUCGUGAAAUCUCAUAGCUUUAUGUUUUCUCCUUCGAGGAGCUACUACGCCAAUUUUGGGGUGCCGGUGAAAACAGCAGAAUACACAAGUAUUACCGACUGUAUCGACACAAGGUGUGUCAAUGCCCCUCAAGCGAUUGCUGACAGGGCCACCUUCCCUGGCGGUCUUGGAGGCAAAGUGGAGGAUUCAUCCUGCUGCCAUCCCGAGCGAGAAGCAGAACUGAGUCACCCCAGCUCUGACAGCGAGGAGAACGAGGCCAAAGGCCGGAGAGCCACCAUCACAAUACCCUCCCAGGAGGGUGAUAACUCGGACAGAACCCUGUCCAACAACAUCACGGUUCCCAAGAUAGAGCGUGCCAACAGCUACUCAGCAGAGGAGCCAAGCGUGCCAUAUGCACACACCAGGAAGAGCUUCUCCAUCAGUGACAGACUCGACAGGCAGCGGAACACAGCAAGCCUGCGAAAUCCCUUCCAGAGGAGUAAGUCCUCCAAGCCGGAGGGACGAGGGGACAGCCUGUCCAUGCGGAGACUGUCCAGAACAUCUGCCUUCCACAGCUUUGAAAGCAAGCACAACUAAACCUUCUUAAUAAGCAUUGCAGGAGGCUCAAGAAUCCAGCCCUAAAAUUCUCCCCGAACCCCACCUGUUCCCCUUCCUUGAAACGUACCUGCUUUAUUCUUAGCUGAGCAAAACAAGCGAUGCCUUGGGAGGUGUUAACUCAAAGGUGACUUCUGGGCCACAGAUGGAGAAAGCACUUUGCCUAGCCCAGUGCCAAACACAGGGGCUUUAAGUCAUGUUCACUCUUGAUGGGUAGGGAGGGAAGAGAGGGAGAAGAAGGGCUGUGGUGAAUGUGUAUGUCUGGUGACUUCAGAAAGCCAUGAGCUCUGGGAAUGAAGGGGCUUCGAGCACUCUCCAUGCCAGGAGGCAUCUUUCCAUUUCUGACCAUUAUCAAGAGUUUUAGGAUACAGGGCUAAAUUGCAAAAUAAGAUAAAAUAAAGUAGCCAGCAUACAAAUGAGAUAUUCUAAACUUCAAUUCUGUUUUCUUUUCACAUUGGCUCCAUCACUGGUGACUGAUGAAGAGCAUCCUUUUUAUUCAGUAUAAGCCGGCAGCAAGCAGUUCUACCUAACGUCCCACAUCCUUCUCAUGCCAACACUUCUGUAAUUGAUCAGUAUAAAGAAAAAACAAGGUAACAGUCAUAGUUCACCUGUCUCUUAUAUAUUCACUUCUGGUGCCACAACUGUUUAUCUUUCUUGAAGAAAAUAAAGGGAAAAGAAAUGCCUUUUUGUAUUGCAAUCAAAAUGAAAGAAGAAUUGAGGCUAAAAACAAAUGUCAAGUGGUUUAUUAUAUACGGUGGGCAUUCGAGUAUAGUCGAGCAAGCUCAGGAUGAAUGUAAUUACAUAAUUUUAUAUUUUUUAAUUUAUUUUGUAUCUCACCUGUCAUCAAUCAAGUCACUCACUGAAUAUGUGAUAGUGAACUAAAAGAAAAAAAUAUAUGCAGUGGGCAGAAGUCACCUAAAAUUGCCAUGUGGUAUACUGUUACAUUCUCACCAUCCGUGUCAUGUGUCAUCCUGCUGUGUGAUUGUCAUCAUUUGCAUGGCUCCACCAUGUCUUCUGAACAUCUCCGAGAUGUACCUGGAAAUUCUUCACACCACUCAUCACAUGACCAUUUUGUAUAUGAAGAUCUGCUCACACGUGGAUAUUUUCAUACCUAGAGUUUUGCCGUUUAAUCUGAGCUCAGCAUAAAUUUCAUUGGAGUUUUUCAAGGGCUGGUAUCUUUUUUAUGGAGAUGUUCCAAAGUACUUUUUAAGGAAGUUUCAAAUCAUAAAUAACCUGAGAAUUGACUGGGAAUUUGGUAUCAACCCAAAGCCAUCAGUUGCAGUCAUACCAUGAAUAUUUUUCUUAUAUACAGAGCUAUAAAAAUGAUACAGUAGACUCAAGUAGAAAGCAAAUAAACUACGUAAAGACUUCUAUAGUAUAUGCUGCUUAUAUACAUAUAUAUGCAUUCACAUGGAGACAUGUUUAUAUAUAGUAUAUAAACAGGCAUACAGAGCUUUCUUAAGAUUUCUUUUCUAUCACCGUGAGGUAUAAUCAGGAUAUUUUCAUAUUCAAGGAGUUCCAUUGAAAGAGUUCAUUCUGUCAUGUUGGAUUUUUGACAGAUGUUGAAAUUAUGUUUUUUUUUUAAAUCCAUGUGACCUUAACUCUUCCUUGUACCAAACUAAAGUUGCCAAAAUGACUGGCUUCUUGCCCUCUGCUUGUUUUCUGUCCGCAAACACUUGCUGCAAUGACAUCUUAUUUAGUCUGGUUUCUUCCGCACAAAGUUGAUUAUGCUAAGUACAAUCUGAAUUAGACAUGUGAUUCUAAACCAGAUAGUAUUACAGACGCUUUAAUACAGAUGUCCACUACUAGGUCAGAACCUGGAUUUGAAGGGGAAUAAAGAAAUCUUUAAAUCUUUAAAUCUUUAAAAUUUUGAAGACCCUCAAAUCUUCCGAUUCCUACUUGCGUCACUGAUUUUCAAAAGAAUAAAAUCUUUAAGGACAAUGACCUAAUGUUCUUGGCCCCCAAAAUACUAUGUGGUUCUCCUGUUGAGUUGCCAUUGUGAGCUCCAGAUUUUCUCAUAAUGUGAAAUCAAGUAAAUAACGUGGACAAAAGCUCUAGCCUUUAAGUUUGUUUUUGUUUUUUUCUUAACCCCUCUGCCCCUCUGAACAAGCCUUUUGGAUAUAGAAAUAGUUACGAGGCCACAUAUAAAGAAUUAAAGAAUUCCUUUUCACUCUUUGGUAUUUGGGUGAAUCGGACAUAAGCAACCAGACUCCCUCAUGUGUAAUUGCCCUAGAAAUGCUUACAUUUUUUAUUGAGCCCCACAUUGACUGUUUCCCUUUCAGCAAACAUGCCUUUGGUCUGAGAAUAAAUCAGUUGCCCUUAAACUUCCUUGAGUCAUGCAUCUCAGUGAGAAUCUUAUGAAAGCUCUGGGCCCUCUCCCCAGAAAAAAAAUAUACAUACAUGCAGAGUUGCAAUGUAACUUGAAAGGGUUCAUGUACCCCUGGUUCCAUGUUGCUUGAUAAUGAGGAAGAGGAACCAUGUUUGUUCAUAAUCAAUACAGUUGUAAUAGGCACUUUACAUUUGAGACCAUUUCUCUGUGAUUCUCAGGAAGGCCAAGUCUCAGCACCAGAGUUGGAACCAGGAUUUUGUUCUUUUCGUCCCUUAGAUUAUAUUUUGCUAGUUUGAUGUCCUUGUAUCCUAAUGUUUGAUGAUUUAAAAAGGCAGAAGGCUCUCUGAGUGAGUCUGUAGAGGAAUCCAAGGAGGAGGUGAAGCCAUUAUUCUUUGACCACAGAGCAGGACAUCACAGCACCUCUAGGGCCCCAUUCUGAACCGGACGGAAAGUGAGGGAAAGAAAUUAUGUGCACAAGUGUUUCCAUUCAUCAUGAUUUCUGGAGAGAACAGAACAGGACCAUGGAAAUGCAGUCCUUACCAGUCCUGACCUUGUGACUGCCUGGUUCUUUGGUUGUACAGGAAAACGAAGCUCUUACAUCUUUCGUGAAGUGUGCAAAAUAUAUAAGCCAAAUCUAAAUGACGUUAAAUGUAAACCGUGCAAUUCUCGUGAGCCAUUUCUUUCCUGUGCACAUACAUGUGUAUUCUCUUUCAACCCAUUUCUUCCCAUUUCUGGGUUCUCUGCACCCCACUGUGGCCUUGAUUCAGUGGCCUUGUGAAGUCAAGCUUAUGUUCAGCUCAUUUAUUCCAUCCCGUCCCUGAUCAAGGAGACGUUAAUUACCUGUCUCUGUGAAUUAAGCAGCUCAUGAGCAGCACAUUAUUGAGGAACGUAAAUAAAGUCAUAGAGAGCUCACAGAAGUAAUCGCUUUGGUUCCAUCAUCUGCUUCUGAGGUGCCAAUUUUUACAUGCUACUAUACAUAAUGAUUCGUUCUAAGUCGCUUGUUCCUUUUGAAAAAAAAAAAAUCAAGGGUGUUUUAUGAAAAUGGCCAUGGAAAUUCCCUGAUUGACCCACAUACUUAUAGUUAGAAACUUCCUCCUGGAUGGAUUUGAAUGAGGAGCUGGAAAUCUUGGACACAGUUGUCAUGGCUAGUUCGUAUAUUUCUCCAAGCCAGAAGGCGUAUUAGCAGGCAGAAUACAGCACUUUACCAGAACUGGCUUUCCUUUUAAGUCUAAGCUUCCAGGUCUAGGAUAUAUAUUUAGCACUUUGAAAGUCCCCCUUAAAAAAUAUAUAUAAAUAUAUAUAUAUAUAUACACACACACAUAUAUAUAUAUGAAUAAUCCAAUGGGAAAAAUAUACUUGUAAAAACACACAGUGUGUUUCUUCUGAAUGUUUCAAAUAUAUUCUAAAAGAUGGUUUCUAUAGAUAAUAUUAUGGUAGAUAACUGGAUAGUACAUUAAUUCGACUUUCUGAGGCUAUACAGUCUAAUCUUCCCGAAUGUUUGGGCUGUUUAACUUCUGUCUUGGUAAUCAAUAUUAUCCAGUCAUCCAUCAUGUGCUAUCUAUAGACUGUACCAUUCAAUGUGUCGAGCAAUGCUGUAUUAUAAAACACAUGUACACAUAUAUGUAACCCAUGUUUCACCUAGCAUAGUUGUAGCAUGUGGUUGUAUUAAUGAACGUUACAGGACAGCUUUAUAAUCAUUGACCAAUCUGUAACAUUCAAUAAAGAAGCACAUGUUGCAAGGAUUAAGUAUGUUCCCAAUUCCAUGUUAUUCAGCAUCCUCGCAAAAUGAGCACUUUUGUUCCCGAUCUGCUUUAUGGCUUUCACAGUCCUCUAGCCCAUGAGGAAAUACCUGUAUAAGCCGAUGUACAUCCUCUAACCAGCCCCAUGAGCCAUGGUAGGCGAGUUGUGUUUUGCGAAAGACGACCUGGCAUGUGAUGCAAAAGACUCUCUGACAAAUGAACUUAAAAUAAUAUUUUAAACUCCAGUUGAAUUAGCUGUCUGUUUACAUCUGCUAACCCCCUGCAGAAGCACUGUACAGUAUUUUAUAAAUAUGUUCAUUUAGUAACGCUGAUAUGUUUGUUUCUAGAUAAAGUGAUGCUACUGUGUAGGUGGUUAUAUAUGUUCUAGAUAUUGCAUUAUGACUCACUAUUCUUUAACAAUAGCAAUGUAACUUAAACGAAGUAAUCCCUCUCCAAAUCCAGUCUUAAUUUUGUGGCAACAAAAUGCAUGCACUGCUUUAUGCGUUUCUUUUGACUUUUUAAAGGCACUUAACAUUUGAUUAUUGCCUGCUGUAACACUUAACCCAGCUAGGAAUUCGCUCACGUCAUUGGGCUUCUUACACUGUUUGGGGAUUAUGUUCGAUUUUUAAAAAUUAAAAACUAAAAAAUAACCGAGGGUUUUUUUUUAAUCUUUUUUUAAGCUCCGAACAAAUAAUAUGAAAUAAAGUAUUAACCACAGGGUGUGUAGCUAGGGGACCCAGAGAUGACUGGCUAACACCCAUGCAGGUGUUGGUGCAGCUGUGAUAUAGGAAAGACACGUUUCUGAUUCUUUAGGGCCACUGGGUGCAAAUUGCAAAACCAGAGAGGAGAGUGAGAAGUCCAUUCGGACAGUGCAGAAAGCCACAGAUCAUUAUGAAUGAGUGGCCCAAUGAUGCACGUGACUUCCCUCCUACCUGGUGGCUUUUCUACCUUGUGCGUGAGCCUGGUCCGGGGGAGAGUGAGGAGUGGGUGACUGGGGGUCUGAUCAAGAACUGGGUGACUCUGAAGAGCUUGCCCUUUAAAGAAACCACCAUGUCAUUAUCAGAAGCCAUUCAUUCAACAUUUGGAAAAGAGAGGAGCCACUUUGCAUAGUCCUAUAAAUGACUACUCUUCCAACCUGGAGAGAAAACUUCUCUCAGCCUGUGCUGGCCUAAGCUUUCUCUUCCCUUUCCGUGUCAAACAUUCUCUUUCCCCAGAUCAGAGUCAACCAAAGCAGGGCUUGGUUCUGAUUUAAGGAAAACAAGAUUUUUUUUCCUUUUCUUUUUUAAUUCACUUGAGAAGAUCAUUUUGUUACCUUUUCUCUGAUGAGUUCCUUGUACUGGUCGCUGCUAAUGACAUCAAGACACGACGAUUUCUUUAGGUCCGUCCAAGAAAGGAUUUUGGUGGCCACGUAAGCCACCUGGCAGUAAGAGUGAGGUGAAUUUUCCCUUCCCUAAGUUCCCUCGUCCGCCAGCCCCCUUAGGCCUCAGCCCCUUGCCUGUUUGCACAGUGUUUAUGUGCUGGGAAGUGAAAAGGGCACGUAGGGCCACAAGUCCGUGGGCUAUCUGCAGAGCAUCGGGACCAACCUUGACCCAGGCGUUCCUCAGGAACAGGCAGGCUGCCCAGAGCAUUGGGUCACAGAGGGAAGUUCAGCUUUGCACCUGGAUGUGCAGCCUUCUUCACCCCCUUAACUUUCUUCCUUUCUCUUAACCCAGCACAACAUGCCUUUUGCCAGACCCACAGACCCUUGGUCCUAUGACCUCAGUACCCCACGGGGAGCCUGGCUCAGUAAUCUGAAACAGUGGCCCCUUGGAAAAAGUCAAGCUUUCAGACUUUGUCCAGCCCUCGUCUUCCCACAAACCUAGGCUCCUCCCUCCCCGCACUCUACCCCUUACCCCAAACUCAGCUGGUGUUUGUGUCGGCCCUGUCCAAUUCUUUGCCUGUCUGAACCCCAAGAGAGUCCCUCAUGUCUUCCCCCCAGCUCCCCACGUAUCAUAAGAACCAUCCAUCUGCAUCUAGAUGGGGGGGCUGCAAGCUCAAGUACAUGCAGGGGCUGGAUCCAGGACACAAAUGUGCCCACUGGACUCAGGGAAGACAACAGGAAGAAGUAGGGUUUGUAGGGCAUGAGAGAACACGUGUCCCAUGACAAAAACGUUCACAUUCUGAUUUGUAAACACUCUGCUAGCCAAACAAACAUGUCUGCCAACAGCAUUCAGUCCCAAUAGCAAUAGUUUGGGACCUCUGAUUUAGGGCCAACCAGGAUCAUGUUCUUGAUCCUGACUUAGUGAGUGUAUAGAAGAAAUACACCGAGAACGGAGGUGGGGGCGGAGAGGAACUCACCCUAUUCAGGGUUAUUCCUGCUCUCCCGAGUGAGAGAUGCAUGUGUAUUUGCUAGCUGCAUCUUUCUGGACCCAAAGGCAGGAUCUUUGUGAGGGACAUAUGGAAGAAGAGUACCAUAGCAUUGUAUCAAGGCUUAUCUGCUUCUUGUCACGACAGCGUCUAACUUGAGUUUAUAUUGCUGUUUCUGCUGUGCAAAACAGUCCACACAGUAUACUGUACUCAUAGUUAUUUCAUAAUCUAGGACUUAGACUCUCAUUUGUAAGCAUUCUAACCAUAGUUUAUAAUGGGGGAAAUUAUUCAAAUAUCAUUUUUAAAUGAAUUCCUAUAAAUACAACAAUUUUGAAAUUGGGUUUGUUAAAUAUAUAUAUACAUCUUUUCCUUCUUUGUGUACGGAUAGACCGCAGUUGGCAUAUCUAUCGACAUUAUAAAUAUAUAUAAAUCCUUAGAGGAAUUGUUCUUUUUUAAAGGUCUAUUAUUGGAUUCACAAUGCACUUUGAGCUUGUUUGUUUAGAUACAUAAUUCGAAGCAGAAGUUGGCAGAUACCAUGGGAAAAACUUUCUGAAAUUUCUGUAACAAAUGUUUUGCAAUAAAAAGAAAAAAAUUCAGUAGUUUAAAACAUGACUUGGGUCUCCUUGUGCAUUUAUUUGCCAUCACUUGAUCUCCAUCAUCUUCAUGCCAAGAAGGGUUGGGGUAUGCAGAGAUAAUU